AUGCCCUACGUGGAGCUGGACACCAGCCUGCCCUCCGCCCGGCUGCCCAGCGGCCUGAGCCAGCGCCUGUGCGCCGCGACUGCGGCCAUGCUGGGCAAGCUCCAGGACAGAGUCAAUGUGAUUGUGAGGCCACACCUCACCAUGAUCCUGGGUGGUUCAGGGGACCCCUAUGCCCAGCUCAUAGUCUCCUCCAUUGGCGUGGUUGGCACAGCAGAGGAAAACCGGGACCACAGCGCCAAGUUCUUUGAGUUCCUCACCAAGGAACUGAGCCUGAGUCAGGACCGAAUUAACAUUCGGUUCUACCCCAUGGAGCCCUGGCAAAUUGGCAAGAAGGGCACGGUGAUGACGUUUCCGUAAGCAGCCCAGAG